AUGUCAAAUGAAUCCUUGCUUCCUAGUAAACUGAACAAACAUUUAAAAACUAAACAUCCUUAUUUACAAGAUAAAUCUACAAAUUAUUUUAAGAAAUUGUCUGAACAGCAAACUAAAGCGGCAAAUUCUUUUAUAAAUAAAAUGACUGUCUCUAAGAAAGCUCAAAUCGCUUCCUACCAAGUCUCAGAACUGAUAGCACAAAAUAUGAAAGCUCAUACUAUAAGCGAGUCACUCAUUUUGCCUGCGUGCAAAAAGGUAGUCUCGACAAUGCUUGGGAAUGAAGCGGCAAAAGAAAUAAGCAAGAUUCCACUGUCCAACGAUACAGUUCACUGGCACAUUUUAGAAAUGUUUUCUGAUAUCGAGGAAAAUGUAUGUAGCAAUAAACUUAAGUAUUCACCUUUUGCAAUUGCAAGUUGA